AUGCAUUACACAAGAAUACUUAGAGCUGCACAACGUGCAAACCUUACUGGUUUCGACCCAAAAGCAUUAGCUGCCGCUGCUGGCAAAAAUGCGGGUGACCCAUGGGCGAGAAAUGAGGCUUGGAGAUACCAAGGACAAUACUCGAGAUGGAAUCGAUUCUCAAAUUCUUUCCCAGGCUUGGGUAUCGCGACAGUAGCAUUUACGGCAUAUUGCGGAUUCGAACAUUUCUUUUUGGCGGACGACCAUCAUGGACAUGCAGAAGGAGGUCAUGGCGAAGGACAUCACUAG